AUGCAGUGCAGAGUGCCCCUCCUCUUGCGGAACGUGGUGGCCCAGGACUCCAAGGUGGCCCUCCCUGUUGUCCCACCCACCUCCAAGGUACAGUACAUAAGUAACCCGCAGCGGCGGCAACCACCAUUGCAUACAAGCACCUCCUCGGGCGCGCUCAGCCGUAUAUCUACCGUCUCCGAUAUCUCCGACUUCCCUAACUACGGGCAUGAUCCGUACGGCAGCCCGAUCACACCUAGACGCGAAUCUCUGGUGUCGCUCCAGACGAUCGACGAUGCGCCGCCCCGCGCAGGUUCACCAGAUGCCGGAACUACGUCCCGGGACGGCCCCUCGGGGUGGUCAUCGUUUACGGGCUAUCUCGGCGGCGGCGGCGGCUAUGAGCAGGUUCCCGUGACUGGAGGCCAGCUGCCGCCAGCCAGGAGACACAGCCGGAGCUACGUCCAGGAGAGGAGGUCGCUCAGGAGGACACACGGUGCGAUCGCGGAGGAAGAAGACGGCAUUGACCUGGGCCUGAUCAACAAUGCCGCGGCGAUGGGAUCUACAGACAGAGCCGAUCCUGUCGAGCCCGCGUUCGACCUCUCACAUGCCCUCGGCCCAAGCACAUGGCACGACGAACAGUUCAUGAAGAAACUCCAGGAACAAGAGGCGAGAGGGAAGCUUACGGGGGGCUUGGGGUUGGGCAUCAGGGCGGACACCAAGAUGAGCCAGUCGGAACUGUUUGCAACGAGUCCCGUUUUGGAGCGCGCGCCUCCAUUGCGGUCCUUCUCGCUUGCGCGACAACACUCGGCCCCGCGCAGGAGUCCUACCGUGAAACAGCUAGGUCAGAUCGAAGCCAACAAGAGAGGAGAGGUAAUCGAGGUCAUAAUGGAAGAAGAGCCUCGUGGCCAGUCUGAAGUUGACCUCAGCCUAAUGGCCGGUCCAAAUACCUCUAUCUCGAACGAGCCUGGAAUGCGACAGUCUACGUAUCCCAUGAAACCCCAGAGGACAGAAGUGUUCUAUCCACAACCUGACUGGAAACCCUUCUCGAUGAGGCCGCCCUAUCUCUUAGCUCUAAUACUGCUCUCUCUCGGCCUCGGUGGUACCCAGGAAGUAGUUUACCAGAUGUCUGCGAGACAGCCGCUUCUCAAAUUCCACACCCCCUCGGAAAUCCCGCCUAUCGAAUACUUUGCCUUCAAGUUCUUACCAACGCUCAUUACCGUGUCCUUCGGCGUCCUGUGGCAGAUCACCGAUUUCGAGGUGAAGCGCCUCGAGGCCUUUUACCAGCUAUCCAAGGAGAGAGGCGCACUGGCUGCCGAGUCCAUCAACGUCGACUAUAUCACCUACUUCAGCUUUCUGCGACCCUUCAGGGCUCUCCACUGCAAACAUUAUGCCGUCGCCGUGUCUUCGGUGGCUACGCUGCUAGCGAAUGCUCUUGUUCCGACCCUAGGAGCGGCUUCGAUCAACCUCUCCCCGGGCCGCAACGAGCGCAUGGCCAAUCCAUUGGGCGAGAAGAGCAUCGCCAUCGACCCGCUCUGGUCGCGUUUUCUCACCGUCACUUUGCUCAUCAUCGCGCUGCUGGGAUGCGUGCUCUUUUAUCAGCUCCAGACUCGGAGAUCGGGUCUCCUUGCCGACGUCAAGGGCAUUGCUGGGCUGGCCUCGAUGGCCGUGGUGAGCCACAUCCUCAUGGACUUCAAAGACAUGGAUGUCGCAACCCACAAAGAUAUUCACCACAAGCUCAAGAACCAUCGUUACGUGCUGCGCAAUUCGUCACUCGCCCCCGACGACGACAACCCGCCAACGAAGCAGGAGCGGGACAGAUAUAUCAAGGACCACCUGUCCGAAAACCCGCACCCCAGGAUGCUCCGUACCUGGGGCGCCGUCCCGUUCCUCAUUGGCAUCAUGCUCUUCCUCGGGCUCAUACCCACCUUCCUCUUCACGCGGGCCACUGUGGUCACCGACAGGGCCCCCUGGAUCCCCACGGCCCUCGCUGUCUGCAUCAAGCUGAGCUGGGGCGGGCUCGAGACCGACGUGCGCAUGAUGGAGCCCUACUACAUCCUCUCGCGGCGGCACGCCCCGCCCCGCACCCUGACGCUGGACUACACGGCCAUGCCCUUCGGCUGGGUGGCCAUCCGCGCCUUCCUGAACCGCCACUGGCUCGUCUUCUUCGUCGGACUCGGCACCGUCAUGGCCGAGUUCCUGACGGUGCUGGUGACGUCGCUCGCCUCGGUCGACGGCCGGGAUUUUGUCGCCGGGGUGCGGGCCGGCGCCGCGGGUGGUGGCGCCUGCGCCGCCGGGGGGAGUGGCGGCGAUGACGGCGCGGAGGCGUGCGAUGCGGGCGAGAUCAACGCGGGCCAGGAGACGGAGCUGUCGUUCUGGGUGUCGCUGGGGCUCGCGGCGUUCGUGCUGCUGUACAUGUGGCUGGUGGCGUCGGUGGCGUUCGGGCGGCGCAGGAGGGUGUUCCUGCCGCGGCAGCCCAACACGAUCGCGUCGGUGCUGGCCUUCAUCCACCAGUCCAAGAUGCUGUACGACUUUGUGGGCGCGGCCAAGCUGAGCAACGCCGAGAUGGGCAGGCGGCUGGACGGCGUCGGCAAGACGUACGGCCUCGGGUGGUUCCAGGGGCGCGACGGCCAGCCGCACUGCGGCGUCGACGAAGAGGAGCUGCUAAGCAGGUACAAGUUUGGGUAUGACUACUCCAAGGCUACCAAUCCGUGGGAGGAGCGACACGUCGACUGGUUGUGA